AUGACUUUCAAGGAGAUGGCCCGACUGCCUGCGGAGCCUGUGGGGCCACAGGCGCCGCUUGUAGCUGCGGCUCGUGUUGAGCAGGAGGUGGCCCGACUGGCCGCGGAACCAAUGGCGACACCGCGAAGAGUGGAGCAGGAGAUGGCCCGACUGCCUGCGGAGCCUGUGGGGCCACAGGCGCCGCUUGUGGCUGCGGCUCGUGUUGAGCAGGAGGUGGCCCGACUGGCCGCGGAACCAAUGGCGACACCGCGAAGAGUGGAGCAGGAGAGAAGGCCAUAUACGCCGCUCAAGCAAAUGGACAAGGGCACCAGCACCUCCCCACCCUCAGUGGAUGGCGGCACCACGCCGCCCAUCUCUCUCACGGAUGCAUCGCGGCAGGGCGAUGAUCUACUUUCCACCUGGGAUCAACCGCGACAGGAGGUAGCCCGACUGGCGGCGGAACCAAUGGCGCCGCCCAGAAGGGUGCAGGAGAUCAGCAGAGAAGUGGCCGCACUGCCUGCGGAGCCUGUAGGGCCACAGGCGCCGCUUGUAGCUGCGCCUCGUGUUGAGCAGGAACCACGAACGCCUCCUGCAUGGGCAGGCACUCUGGCGCAGAGACGUGACGAAUUGGAUGCCCACCUGGGUCUAACGACCUCACAGCCGGCACGCAGCGACUUGCACCGAGCGGUCCGGGGAAUGCCGGAGAUUGCCGACAGGCUAACAGAACGAUGGGCACGGAAGACUGAACGAGGCCUUCCAAGUGCCCUCACGGAGUACAAGGAGCUGGCCAUGCAACUCUCAGAGUCUCGAGGCACCCUACAGGAGACUGUGCGGCCAUCCAGGCCACAGACGCCACCCAGGCGAAUGGACAAGGAAGCACGGCCCAACUCCAGGCCAAAGUCCGCACCAAAGGAGCGACGCCCGGAGUUGUCAGUGCACGCGAAGCGACAAGCAGAGGAUGCCCCGCAGCGUGGCCCGGUGCUGCUGCAUGGGCUCCCCGGGCAGCGCAUGGAGAAGCGCGCAGCGGAGCGCGCCGAACGCGAGCGGCGCAAGGGCCAGAUGCUCAAGGAGGAGCUCGCACGUUCGCCACGACCUGAAAGAGAGGAACUGGCGCGUCUUUCCUCGCAGCGUUCGCGGUCCACCUUGGACCGGGAGGAGAAGACCUCCCCCGGUCGAAUGGCCAAGGCUGCCCCAACAGGGCCCAAGAGCGCUGCACGGCCCGCCAAUGGCAAGGAAGCCAUGCCAGCCGAUCUCUUCGAAAUCCCAGAGCAGCUCCGGGAGGCGCGGCGUCGCACCACUGAACUGGAGGCACAGCUCGCAGAGCUCCGGAAGCGCUUGCAACUGCAGGAGAACCGCUCGGCGGCCAUGUUAACACCGGCAGGCCUCGCCGUGGUGGCGCCUGCCGGUCCCGGCACCCCCUUGGCACCGGGCAUGGCGCCGGGUGGCGCGGCCUUCCCGACCCCGCGCGUGGCCGACCCGGUCUACGUCAACGCGGCGGCGACCACGGUGUCAACGAUGGAUGGUGGCCGCACCCCUUCCCGCUACUCCUUUCCCGUGGACGGCGCCGGGCCCGGGCCAUCGCCAGGGCCGCCCGCAGUGCACCCCACGUCGCGCAGCCUGAGUCCUCCACGGUGGUCGCAGGCGCCGACCAUGGGAUGGACGUGGCCGGAGAAGGGCGCCAUCUAUGCCGCGCCCACGGUGCGCGCGCCGGCGUUGAGAGUGGCGUCAACGUCACCAACAAGGGUGGUUCACAUGUCGCCCAGUCCACCGAGAGUUGCAAGCCCCAUUCGUUUCAUCGCACAGACGCCACCGGGGCCUCCGGGGCCUCCGGGACCUCCGGGACCUCCGGGACCUCCGGGACCUCCCAUGGCCAUGGGACCUAUGGGACCCGUGGGAGCCAUGGGACCUAUGGGAGCCAUGGCACGUCCCAUGGCGACGCUGCCAACGGCGACCACGUUUUGGUUCCCACGAACCGUGUCCAUUUCACCGCAGCCAGUACGACAAGCGGCCUGGCGAAAGGGCGAGCCAAACUUGGCCAAAGAGCCCACGAAUCCGCAAGCCUGUACAGAGGGUUGGGCUGCGCUAUCGGAGCCUACUUCAUCCCUGUGAGUUGCGACCACCAUUU